CUCACAUUGGACAGAGAGCUGUAAACAACUAUGAUACACUCAAAAUGAGCAAGCAAUCUCAGCUUCUAGGGAGGAAAGAAGGACAGUAGGAUGUGGGUCUCAAAGAGGACUAUCACUCCUAAAAGAGACACAUGGAGAUGUUGCUCGAGCUAUAGAACUGCUUGAAAAACUCGAGGCAUCGAGAGAGGUGCCAGCGCAUAAGCUGCAGUCACUGAAAAAGGUCCUACAAAGUGAAUUUUGCACGGCAAUACGAGAGGUUUACCAGUACAUGCAUGAGACUAUUCCUGUAAAUGGGUGUCCAGAGUUCCGAGCUCGAGCCACUGCAAAGGCUACAGUUGCUGCAUUUGCUGCCAGUGAAGGACAUUCUCAUCCUAGAGUGGUGGAGCUUCCAAAGACUGAUGAAGGACUUGGCUUUAAUGUCAUGGGAGGAAAGGAGCAGAACUCCCCCAUUUACAUUUCUCGCAUCAUUCCAGGAGGGGUGGCAGAAAGGCAUGGUGGACUAAAACGAGGAGACCAGCUACUAUCUGUAAAUGGAGUGAGCGUGGAAGGGGAACAUCAUGAAAAAGCUGUAGAGCUACUGAAGGCUGCGAAAGACAGUGUAAAGCUGGUUGUGCGAUACACACCUAAGGUGUUGGAUGAGAUGGAGGCUCGAUUUGAGAAGCUGAGGACAGCAAGACGUAGGCAACAACAGCAAUUAUUGAUCCAGCAGCAGCAGCAACAACAGCAGCAGCAGCAACAGACACAGCAAAACCACAUGUCGUAGGUUUUUCUCAAGAAAAAAACACUGAUGAAACACAGAUUGGAACAAUGCCACCAUAAAUCAAUAUUCCAAGGGACAGGAGAAGAACUUGUCCCCAUGAUCAACCAGAUGGCUGAAUGAGGCAUCCUUGGGCAAAAAAAGUUUCCUAUUUUCCUAUGAUGGUGAAGUUAUGGUAGAUAGCAGAAACUGUUUGUUUUGAAAUUUCCUUCAAAUGUUUAAUGUAGCUGUUUUAUUGAGUAAUGUGUAAAGGAGGACAGAGCACCCAGUUUAUUCUGUUCGUGUGGCUGGAGAACCUGGGAUUGCCUCUUAAAAAUCCUCAUCUCUGUUCACUGCACACCAAACUGCAUCAGUUUAGUGCACUUACAAAUCAACACACAACUGAGAAGAAUAUUCUGUACUGUAUAUUGUAUAAUGUACAACAUGUUGUUUGUAACAAAAUUCAAUAUUUUUUCCUGAUAGUUGUAACUUAUAACAUUUAUACAUUUCCUUUUAGGAACAGCAGCAUAUUCUGUGUUUUAUAUAUAUAUUAACCUAAAGCAAUGUUAGCUAAUAUAGCUGCUGGAAAUCUAGAAAAUCUGUAUUUUACAUAUGAGUAUUAUAUGUAGCAAUUUUGACUAUACUGUAUAGGAGACAUGGAUGUACUUUGCAUGUUGUGGUUCAUUUCUGUUUUUAUAUUUGAGAUUAUUUACUUCUAAUAUUGAGUCUGCUUAGUGUUUACAGUGCACAUAUACUGGCAUAAUUAAAGACUUUUGUAAUUACA